AAAGAAAAGGAUGUUUCCAAUUAUUUGAAGUAUUAUUCGUUUCAAAUAUUGAAUGUAUUAAGGUUGGCCUCCUCAGUUUAGUUUCUUAAAUGUUCUUAUUUUUCAAUUUUCUACCACUUACAGGCCUGCUAACAAUAAUAUGAUUCCUUUAUGUGCAAUUUAGUCUAAACAAAUGACAUUUUACCUAUGUUAUAUGUCACCUCCAAAUCCGUCACAGUAUUAUCAACUUUUAUAAUAUUGUUAACUACCUCUGUUGUUGUUGUAUUCUCCUAUUACAAAGCCUCAAAUUUAAAUAUAUUUUUUUAAACAGAUAGCUGUAGAGUAUAUAGAAAACACACUAACUAUUGAUGAAGACAACUACCCCCACAUUGUAAUUCCUUUUUAUUCUUCCUCUUCUGUCUUUGUUCUUCUUAGUUUCUGUUAUUGGCUACUGUAUAGGCAAUAUGGAAAUGAUUACUACUUCAAAUUUCUUUGUGCUAAAGAAAACUAGACUUUGUUGUUCGUAAUAGUGCAUACUCUUUAGGAGAAUUGUUAUAUAUAGUGCAAGUCAUCUACACUCUGUAGACAGCCAGAGGUAUAUUGUUGAGGAAGUGAUGAAUGAAUUUCUUGUUAACUAUGGUUUACUCUCAUGUGGAGAAACCACAACGAAUGUGUGGAAUCAUACAUAGUUGCAGGAAGGACAAAGCAAGGUUGUUGGUAGACUUCCACAAGUUUAGUUCUCAUCCUAACUUGGUCUGACGAAGUACAGAACGACUACAACGACCCUUGAAUCUGGAUCUCCGCUACGUUAAACCUUAUUCUCCGCAUUCAACUACUACCAAACAACUUGGGAAAUUGAAAGAAUCAAUUGAAGGUAUAGUUAAUCUUCAAAUGUUACCAUAUGUACAACUGUUAUAUUCAGCUUUCCUGUCUAAUGCACAUAUAGCAACACAGAUGAGAUUUAACAGAGAUUUUCAUUCUGUAAAGACUACCUGAGAUUUAGCGCAGAUGCUUUUCAUGAAGAUCUCCAUCAGCACCAAAAGCUUUAGUAUUCAGUUGUACAAUAUCAUUAUCCUCCGCUUCCAAAGCUUGUACCAUUUUUUGGAUCAGUCACGCAUUCACAACACCAUUUCUAGCAGCUUCCUCCUCCUGAAUUGAUACUCUACUUUCCAACUCUUUUAACUUUUCCAAAUACAACUUCAGUUUUGCCUCAACUUCAGCUUUUUCAUUUUUUAGCUGCUCAUUUUUCUUCUGCAUAUCCUUCAAUCAAUUCUCCAUUGGUUAAAGGAUGUACAAAAGAAAAAUGAGAAACUAAAAACUGAAGAAGCUGAAGUUCACGCAAAACUGAAGAUCUAUUUGGAAAACUUGAAAGAGUUGGAAAGUACACUAUCAAUUCAGGAGGAGGAAGCUGCUAAAAAUGGUGCCGUGGAUGCAUCACUGAUAAAAAAAAUCGUACAAGCUUUGCAAGCGGGCGAUGAUGAUGUUGUACAACAGAAUACUAAAGCUUUUGCUGCUCGUGGAGAUCUUCAAGAAAACCAAUUGUCACCACCUAGGCCUCCAUUGGUUCACUCAACUGCAAAUGGAGAUGGAAAUGGAAGUGAUAAAUGAACACAUGAAGCUGCAGCCAGAGGUAACACGGACUUCAUUUGUACAAAAAUGAAUGUGGUUAAUUGUCCUGAUGUCCGGACAUUACAUCCCAUGCCUUAUGCUGGUAGUUCUGCUUCACUCAAUACCAAUGUUUCCAACAUACAAAAGAAAAGGUGCCAUUCAGAGCAACCAGCUACUACUAUUUGGUGAACUAUAUUUUCUACAAACAUGGUACUAAGAGUGAACAUCGACCAAAUAGAACCUGUAACACGCGAUUGGAUUUGCAAAGUUCAAAUUGUCGAAAUAGGACGCCCACGAGAAAGCCUUGACAAGAAAUGUACAUUCCAAAAUUUGAUUUUGGAAGAUGAAGAUGAAUGCCAAAUUAAGGCUGUUAUGUACGCUGACGAAAUUGAGCAGUAUGCAGCUACGCUAAAACUCUUCCAUACCUACCUGAUCUCUACUGCAAAAGUCAAAGUUCCGCCAGCUUCAUACGGCAAGCCCAUACAUAAAUUCUACUGGAUUCUUGACAAAGAAACAGUUAUUGAACAAAUCAAACCAUCUCAUGAAGUUGAAAAACCACUUCCACCGCCAACCAAGCUGAAUAUCACAACCUUUGACCGCAUUCCUUAUCUGAUGGUUGAUUCUGCUGCUGAAAUAGAUAUACUGGCAAUUGUUCUUCGUUGUGGUCCCCAAAAAAACGCCGGUCGCAGUCAUCAUAGGUGUCGAGAAAUUACCCUUUGUGACAAUCAGAAAACUCAGUUUCUGUUCACUCUAUGGGAGGAUUUCGGAGAAAUAGAAGGACAUGAAAUUGCCUCUAAAAUGGCACCAGAGGCAAAUCUGCUUGUAAUCCUCGGAAGAAGUAUAGGAAUCUCUACUUAUCAAGGGUUGUCACUGCAGACUAGGGCAAAAGAAAACAAAACAAUGUUGUUAAGUUGUCCAUCAGAUAAAACCUCCACAAGCUCAUCUACCGCUCCCAUGAUAGUCACUACUGCUGGCCAACAACUUCUCUCUAUUGCAUAAAUCUCAUCAGCGCCUUCUAUGGGAGUGUUCUGUGUUGAAGCAGAGAUGGCCAUAUUAGAUGAAUUCCAAGAAUUCUGUGUGCUUGAAUGCUCAGGCUGCAAACAGAAGAAGCGCACAAAGGAUAGAAAGGAUUUUGACUGUCCAAAAUGCAAUCGGAAAACAACCUUAGUGCCUCGUUGUAGCUUCCAACUUGAUCUUAUUGACAAUACUGCUACAACCACAGCAUCUAUCUCUGCUGAAUUAGGA